GACAAGGUCGGAGCUGCCGCCGCUGCCGCCACCGCAGCCCGCUCUCCGGCUAGCCGGAGCCUCUUUUCUGUACCCUCGGUCCCCGGCCGCGCGGAGCCGGGAUGCACUGCUCCUGCUGUGGGUCCUCAUCAUGGAGACCAAACGGGUGGAGAUUCCUGGCAGCGUCCUGGACGAUCUCUGCAGGUACUGCUGGUUCAGGGGUACUUAGCAAAAUCAGGCUGGGGAUUUCCAAAAGGAAAAGUAAAUAAAGAAGAAGCUCCUCAUGAUUGUGCUGCUAGAGAGGUCUUUGAAGAAACUGGUUUUGAUAUCAAAGACUAUAUUUGUAAGGAUGAUUACAUUGAACUUCGGAUCAAUGACCAACUUGCUCGUUUGUACAUCAUUCCAGGAAUUCCAAAAGACACUAAAUUUAACCCAAAAACCAGAAGAGAAAUUCGGAAUAUUGAGUGGUUCUCCAUUGAGAAAUUGCCCUGUCAUAGAAAUGAUAUGACGCCCAAAUCCAAACUUGGCUUGGCACCUAACAAAUUUUUUAUGGCCAUUCCCUUUAUCAGACCAUUAAGGGACUGGCUUUCUCGAAGAUUUGGGGAUUCCUCAGAUAGUGAUAAUGGAUUUUCCUCUGCUGGUAGCACACCCGCUAAACCCACUGUGGAAAAAUUGAGUCGAACCAAAUUCCGCCACAGUCAGCAGUUGUUUCCUGAAGGUUCUCCUGGCGACCAGUGGGUAAAACACAGACAGCCACUGCAGCAAAAGCCAUACAAUAGCCAUUCUGAAAUGUCUGACCUUUUAAAAGCAAAGAAUCAGAGUAUGAGGGGAAAUGGCAGAAAACAGUAUCAAGAUUCACCUAAUCAGAAGAAAAGAACAAACGGUGUCCAUAGCCAGCCACCAAAGCAGCAGAAUCCCUUGAUGAAAUGUGAAAAGAAACUGCAUCCACGAAAACUUCAGGAUAACUUUGAAACAGAUGCUGUAUAUGACCUGCCUUGUUCCAGUGAAGACCAGUUGCUAGAACAUGUUGAGGGACAGUCUGUGGCAUGUAAUGGACAUUGCAAGUUCCCCUUUUCAUCCAGAACUUUUUUGAGUUUCAAGUUUGACCAUAAUGCUAUAAUGAAAAUCUUGGACCUUUGAUAGCAACAGAUGUAUUAUAGAAGUCCCAAGAUCAGAGACCUGUUGUAUUUGAGCGGGUGUCUCCUCAAGCCUUACCUUUCUCAGGUGUUUUAAAGAAAUGCAGGGAGGCAGUGUUUCUGAAAGGAUUUUCUGUGCAGAAGAGUAGAAAGAAGCAUGAGUUUGCACUGUAAAUGCAGUUAUAAUCUUUUAAACAGUUUUACCUUUUCAGUGUUUGAAACAAGUGUAAUUUUUUUUUGGAGGGCAUUUUUUUUGUGUGUGUGUGUGACUGGGUCUUAUUUUUUCUGGUCAAGAAAAUAGUGUUUGAGAAAUCAAUUAGCCAAGGUAAUGGGAAUACUUCAUCUACCCAUUACAGUGAUUGCAAUAAUCGUUUACUUGUAUUGAAAUUUUUAAAAAGAAACUUAAAAUAUCCAAUUAUUAAAUGAACAUAAAAGCUGAAAUGUCUCAGAUGUUGAGAUUGCAAGCCAUCUGUCUUGGUGGCAUUUUAUUUCUCUGCUUCUGACCACUGAAGCUAAUUCUCCUUUGCUUAGAGUUUUGUUGAAAGGAGUUAUUCAGAGCCAACAUCUUUAAUAUAAUAUUCAUGUGCAAAAUGAACUCAUAGCACUUCAUAAGGAUAAAAUUGGCAGCUUGGAGGAGGGAUUCAGUUGAUGGGGAGUUGAUGCUGUAAUUUUGAGUUGUGCUGGGUACAUUCAAUAAACCUAUGAGUGCUGGAGCAGAAAGCAA